CAGCAGCAGCAGCAGCCUCUGUCCCCAGCCAGCGCAGUACGGCAGUGGGGCCAUCUGCUAGCGCCUUUUGAGCAGUGCGAGAUGCUAUCAUUCGAACAGGUCUGGUUUGUGGGCAAACCAACGGAGACGGGUGGCGCAGAGCUCAACCAUGGGUAUGACGACAGUCGUGGAGAUUACAUCACAGUGCCAGGAGAUCACAUUGCCUUCCGCUACGAGAUUAUUGGCGGGCUUGGACGCGGCUCAUUUGGCCAGGCAAGCUUAGGCGUUCUGCGCUGCCAGGAUCAUGCCAUCGGGCAGGCGGUGGCACUAAAGAUCAUUCGGAAUAAGAAGCGCUUCCAAAAGCAGGCGGCUGUUGAGGCCUCGAUCCUGGCAGUGCUGAGGGAACAGGAUCCUGACGAUUCAGUGAACAUAGUCAGAACCUACAGCUCUUUCACCUUCAGGCAAGCGAAGCUGGGCCACCUGUGCAUCACCUUUGAGUUGCUGUCCAUCAACUUGUAUGAGUACAUCAAAGCUUGCAACUUCCAGGGCAGCAGCCUGGUGAUGAUCCGCCGCGUGGCGCAGCAGGUGGUGGCCACCCUUCGCUUCCUGUUCAGGCUGAACAUAGUGCACUGUGACCUCAAGCCUGAGAAUAUUCUGCUGCGUGAACGUGGCAAAACAACUGUCAAGGUUAUUGACUUUGGCAGCAGCUGCUAUGUGGACCAGCGUCUGUGGCUCCGGUCCCGUCCAAUGCAGGUCAUCCUGGGGCUGCCGUACGGGCCGCCCAUUGACAUGUGGAGCCUCGGAUGCAUCCUGGCUGAGCUGCUCACAGGGCAGCCCAUUUUUCCAGCAGGAGAAGAUGAAAAGGAGCAGCUGGCCUGCAUCAUGGAGCUGCUGGGCCCGCCUCCGCGCUCGCUGCUGGAGACGGCGCCCCGUGCCAACCUUUUCUUCGAUUCAGGGACAUGGGCGCCGCUGGCCUGCCCGCCCAACAGCCGUGGCAAAACGCACCGACCGUCAUCCCGUCUCUCCUACCCACCCACCUUCCUGCAGCGAUGCCUGCACUGGGAGCCCCAGCAACGCAUGACGCCUGAAGAGGCGCUGCAGCAUCCUUGGAUU